AUGAAGACUGAAUUAAACAAAAAAAUACUCAGAAUUGCAGUGGUAGAAAUUCUACUACAAACUGGAUUUGAGAAGUGUACGGAGGAGUCUCUUAAUGUGCUGAGUGAGGUCUUCUCCUACUACAUUGAACAGGUCAUUGCUGAAAUACUCAUUCCACAGACAGAAGUAGACGAAUCACCAGGACCAAAGAAACUCAAGAAAGAAGAGACAUUUUGUCCAGCCAAACUACUUCUAACUCGCUUCUACCACAAUUCCCAGUACAAUUAUCAGGAAAUGCUUCAGUUUCUGAAUCAGCAAAUUGGAAUCGUAAGAAUGCUACGAGACACUCCCAAAACCAAGACAAACCACACUGAGCCAAACAACAUGCUCAGCAUUCUCAAAUUCCUUCCCAAAAACCAGUCAUUGAAGAACCUGAGCAAAGCAGCCAGGCGAAUUGAGGUUGAGGAGAAGAAAGAGAGCGAGGAAGAAGAUGAGGCAGAAAUGGACACAUUUCUAGACAAUUUUCUGAAUGAUUUCAUAGAGAAAUGUGUUAUAAAAUACCAAAAUCACCCUGAGAAAGUCCCAGUUGAAUACGAGUACGAUCUGGGUCAGGCUAUUUGUGAGAAUAAUGAAAAUGGUGAGACUGAAAAUGGAGUUGGAUUUGAGCAGAUUGAAACAGUGAUGAAUACGACUGAGAAUGAGGAACAGCAAACAUUCUUCAAUGAAUUUGGCAGGCCCAAGAAGAGGAUGAUCAAGAGAGUAAACAAAGAGAAGCAUCCACUUGGUGGAUGA